AUGCAGAUGAUUAUCCCCGGAUCAACCCUCUACGUCACAUCGCUUUGGGCCAUCAAGUUCGCCCUCGUCGUCUUCUACAAGAGUCUUGCAGCACCAGGAUCGCGACUCGUAGUCGUGUAUAAUGUUGCACUGGCUGGCCUGGCCGUCACAUACCUCAUCAUCUUCUUCGAUAUCAUGUUCCAGUGUUUUCCGCACGACAAGCGAUGGUCGCACGAUCCCCAUUAUCAGUGCAGCCAAAAAGCCUCUGACAUCAACUAUUGGAUCACCAUCUUCUUCAACAUCUUCACCGACGUCAUCAUCAUCUGCCUGCCCAUCACAAUGGUCUCGCGACUUCAAAUGAAGCUCAAGCAAAAGAUUGGCGUGGGCGCAAUCUUUGCGUUGGGCUUCUUCGUCGUCAUUGCCAGCAUCGUCCGCGCCUACUACUCCAAGAGGAAUGAAACGAUGCUAACCUGCACCGUCUCGAUGAUCGAAACGGCAAUUGCCAUCAUCGCGACAUGCCUCCCUGCCCUGCGGUCCAUGAUUCUCGGCACAAACUCCACAAAAGCCAGCUCAAACAGCUACGGUCGCCACUACGAGCUCUCUUCUGCGCGCCGCAAGGCCAACGAGAACCGCCACAACGCAUCCACACAUGUGAGCAGUGGAAAUAUGCCCUCGACGCACAAUCGCGCAAAUGGCUCAGAAGACUCACUCUUCUCCGACCGUGGGCUGGAGGAACUCGGUGUCAUCGCGCACCCUCCAGCUACUGCCGGAAAGAUAACAGUAAAUACGCAAAUCCAAACCAAGUUCGAAGAGGACGCGCAUAGUAACUCUGGAAGUUCAAAAGCGACAAAGUCCCCUUUCUAA